AUGGAUAAUAGCAAUUCCAAGUACUUACGUUCCGUUAGGAUUAGAAAAAGUCAAGUGAUCGAAAGUAGAAAAGUGCCUUUUCUGUACGAAAAGAUUUGUGCAGUAUUCACAACGGGGGCUAGUAUCAUCGGCAUUACUUAUAUUACGAUCCAAUUAUCAUUAUGGUGAAACGUUAUUUUCUAUGUCACUUUGUUUUGCAGGAUGAAGACGUUCGUCCUCUUUUCCCUCCUCGUCAUCGCCUGCGUGGCCGUUUCUGCAUUGGAAGAUGAGGAGGUAAGUGCUCGGGCGGGGAUUCAAAGUUCUCUUAAACUAACUAUCCAUUCAGAGCGUGCCAGUUGCGGCAGCCAACAAAAAGUCGAGUGAGAGUAGUGAGGAGCAAGAGGUACAUUCGUUUCACAAUAUCUCCGCUAACCCUUGUCGCUGUCUCAAAAGUGUCCAAUUUUCUCUCAAUUUCCCCCUUUCAAAACCGUCAAAACCGCCAUUUUUCAGCAAUCCGCCGAUUCGAAGGUGGUAAAACCGUGGAAGAAGCACGACUGGAAGAAGAAGGAGCCGGAGUUCCUGGCGGAUCUGCCCGAAGAGGCCAAAAGCGCCUUCUUCUCCGUCAAAAUGAACAGAAAUCUGACAAAAGCGGACAAGACGGAGAAGUUUAGGGAAUGGGCGACCAAGUACGAUGUGGAGGUGAGAAUUGGAAAGUUAUUCGGUUUCAAAGAGACUCUAAGAAACGGGCAACUUUUGGCCACACUUGCUAUUUUCAAUCGGUUCAAGUCCCAUAGAUAUGUACACCCCUCUGUUUCCACGGAACCCCAUUUUUUUUUUAACUUGCGAGAAUCCUUUUCGUUUGCAGGAAGAAACUGAGAAAUUUCUUGCUGACAAGAAGGCCGACUGCGAGAAGAAGCGUCAGGAGCGAAAGGAAAACUACGCGCGGCUCGGCGAGCUCAUCUCGAAUGCCGAUGCGAUUCUAGAGUCCGAGGAGAACACGUGGCAGUCGGCGAACGACAAGUUGGAGACGCUUCUGAAGGACGAGAACCGCGACGUUUCGCGCGCAUUCCAGUCGUUUUAUCCGUUCGUCGGAGACCACGGCCGCGGCGAAAAUCACGGCCACGGCCACGGCCACCGAUUCCACCACGGAAAACGUUUUGAGGGAAAGGGGCCGAAGAGUAGGGCGGCCCGCAAUAUCGGACACGGCGCCGCACCGAAGCACCACGGAAUCGGACAUGGCGCCGAGCCGCCGAGACCGCAUGAGGACGGCAGAGUGAACUACGAUCCGUACGGCAAUCAGAAGCACCACCGACAGCACCACGGAUUCUAG